ACUAACCUGAUCAAAACAUUGUAACAAUUAAUCACAAAAUAAACUGUAGAUAGAAGUUUUUGCAAGGAAUUAAUAUUCUGAACAUGAGGAAAAUGGGUGGAAAUAGAGACAGUAAACACAUUAAUUAGAGUAAACAUAUUUGAUUCGUUAGUAUUUAAGGAGAGAUGAAAAGCAAAAGAAAUUCAUUCGAUAAAACGAUCAACUUACCUACUAUUAAAUUAAAUCUUAUAAACUAUUAUAACAAAACUCAAUAUGAAGUCCAUGAUAAUUAUUUUGGCUAUGCUCUUCUCCUUUGCAGCUUGUACUCUUCCCGAUCUAUCUGCUUCUAUUAUUAUUGGUACUACUGGUGCUUCGAAAUUUACUGGUUGUGUCCAUGAUGCUUCUGGAAAAUGCGUUGAACAGUGCGAGAAACCAAAAGUAUUUCUUGAAUGUGGAUCACUAUGUCCUCCAACUUGUGCUAAACCUAAACCCGAAGCCUGUGCAGCUGUUUGUGUUAAAGGCUGUUUCUGUCCAAAAGGCACAUUUUUGACUGAUUCUGGAAAAUGUGUUGAGAAGUGUUCGAGCGAUGGGAACCCUUGGUGCCCGAAUUCAAAGGUAUACACUGAUUGUGGAUCAGCAUGUCCCCCAACUUGUGCUAAUCCUAACCCUGGUCCCUGUGCAGCUGUCUGUGUUAAAGGCUGCUUCUGUCCAAAAGGUACACUCGAGAAUGCUUCUGGAGAAUGUGUUAAGCAGUGUUCCAGCAAUGGGUCUAACUCCUCAGGCAGUGGGUCCAGCGCUUCGAGCGGUUCUUCCAGCGGUGGGUCCGCAGCUUCGAGUAGUGGAUCCAGCGCUGCAAGCGGUAGAUAUAGCGAUUCAAGUAGUGUGGCCGGCGCUACCAGCGGUGGGUCCGCCGCUUCAAGUGGGGGAUCCAGCGAUUCGAGUGCUGUGGCCAGUGCUACGAGCGGUGGGAGCAGUGAUUCAAGCGGCGAGUCUGCUUUUAACGGUGAUUCAAUCUAGAAAGUAUAAAAAUGGAUCAUUAUGUCCCCAACUUGUGGUGAUCACAAUCCCACUUGUAAAAACAAUGUGUUGAGGGGACUUUCUGUCCAAAAGAAACAUUUAAGUUUUCUUUCGAAAAUGUGUUAUGAAAUGUUAACCAUAACAUUAAGAAUAGAACAUAAUGUUGGAUAUCUGAUAUUACUUGUAACAUUGAUGAUACUUCAAUAAAGAUCUUUUAAA